AACCAGCCAGCCAGCCAGCAGCUGCUGUCGCUGUCUUGUGGUUAAGGAAGAUUUGCUUGCACAUAAUUUCUUCUCCACUUGAGGAGGCUGCUCUACCCUGGAAUUGCUGGAAACUGCUGUCUUUGGGUCACGUUUGAUCAUGAGAAGAAAACAUUUUUAAGGAUUCUUGAAACUGGAGGCACUAUUACUGUUCCAGUGAGGUGAUGGAUUGAAGAUUAAACAUGUACCGGGAUCAUCCACACUUCAUGAAGUUUCACACAGACUUUGUGAGUAAGUACUUCAUGCGCAGUUCUGGAUUUCAGGUUUUCAACACAAAUAGUUUCCCAGUUCAUUCCAGGUCUGUACCUGGAAAUCUGUCACCAAACGGGAACUCUGUUAUAAACAGCAAAUCCAACCAUCUGGAAGCAUCUCUUGAUGCAUCAGAAAUUCUGUCCAUCCCCAUGAACUCCAUAGGGUCUGGCAGUACAACAGGCUGUCCGCUUAGGAGAAUCACGAGCCCCAUUGCGUCCCAUGCUGUUCCUUUAACUUCUCCACCAGACAUGAGUUUUGCUGUGCAUACCAGCCCACAGUCCAGUAUCAUGAACAGCGCUGGAACCUCUGAAGAUACCAAGCCUUUGCCAAAUUUCCAACGGAUGGGAGUGAUGAAUUAUUCAUCCCCAAGUCCAGGAUCCCUUACAAAGCAUGUCUGUGCAAUUUGUGGAGACAGAUCAUCAGGGAAGCACUAUGGGGUGUACAGUUGUGAAGGCUGCAAAGGAUUCUUUAAGCGGACAGUAAGAAAAGACCUUGUCUACACAUGUCGAGAUAAUAAAGACUGUCUGAUCGACAAGCGUCAGCGAAACCGUUGCCAGUAUUGCCGUUAUCAGAAAUGUCUAGCAACAGGCAUGAAAAGAGAAGCGGUUCAAGAAGAGAGGCAGAGAAGCAGAGAGCGGAGUGAGAAUGAAGUGGAAUCCACAAGCAGCAAUGGUGGGAGUCUUGAAGAUAUGCCUGUGGAAAGGAUUUUAGAAGCUGAAAUGGCAGUUGAACCAAAGUCUGAAUCAUACAGUGAUGUGAGUGCAGAAACCUCGACCAACGAUCCUGUCACCAAUAUUUGCCAUGCAGCUGAUAAACAGCUCUUCACAUUGGUUGAAUGGGCCAAGCGGAUUCCGCACUUCUCAGACCUGACAUUAGAAGACCAAGUUAUCCUCCUCCGAGCAGGUUGGAAUGAACUGCUGAUUGCCUCUUUUUCCCAUCGCUCUGUUUCUGUACAGGAUGGUAUCUUACUGGCCACCGGUUUACAUGUGCAUCGGAGCAGUGCACACAGCGCUGGAGUGGGCUCCAUAUUUGACAGGGUUCUUACUGAGUUGGUAUCCAAAAUGAAAGACAUGCAGAUGGACAAAUCUGAACUGGGGUGUUUGCGAGCCAUUGUCUUGUUCAAUCCAGAUGCCAAAGGCCUGUCCAGUCCUGCAGAGGUAGAAUUGCUACGUGAGAAAGUUUAUGCUACCCUGGAGGCAUACACAAAACAGAAGUAUCCUGAACAACCUGGAAGAUUUGCUAAACUUCUUCUCAGGCUGCCUGCACUGCGAUCUAUUGGUCUGAAAUGCCUGGAACAUCUCUUCUUCUUCAAGCUAAUAGGUGAUACCCCUAUUGACACCUUUCUUAUGGAGAUGUUAGAGACACCUCUGCAAAUCACCUAAUGAGGACAGGAUGCUAACAAGAAAGCUCAAAUGACACCACUGAAUGGGUUUUGUUCCUGAUCUGCCUGCUUUCACCCAUUCCAUUCUCCUGAAUGUCUGUAUGGAAUGACUUUCAGAAAGGAAUAGGAACUCCUAUAAAUGUUUAGCUUUAAAAAAAAUGGAAUGUUGUUCAUAUGCAAAUUUUUAAAUAGCAGCUAGGGUGAACAGGGCAUCCUGCAGUUCAUCAAAAAUGAUUUGUAGCUCAUCACAAAAAAAACUUGUAUGAAUGAUUGAGUUUAAAUUAUUUUUUCACUUCCCAAAAGAUGAGAAAUAAAAUAAUAUAUGAGUAAUUAGUAUGGAAGUCACUGCUGAGGUCCUGCUUUCUGGGUAUUCUGGAGUGUGGAGUCAGGGAACUUCUCUUACAACAUGUCAUUUAUAUCCUUGUAUACUUGUGUUCAUAUUUUACCCAGUAUAUAUAUAUAUAUAUAUACACAUGAUAACAUCAUCCUGUACUACUACUACACAUGAUAAGAAACUUGCACUGGAUAUUGUCGACAUCAUAAUUCCAAGAUGGAACAGGAUACUUUCUAUCCACCCAGAAAAUUCUUACACUACUCUUAUGAGGCACCAGAGGGCUCCCACACACAAAAGGAUAGCAGAAAAGGAAGGAUUGGAACUAGGGAGGUGGAAAAAGGAGAAAAAUUAGAAUAUUUAAAGGCUAAAACUGAAAGAUGGUCGUCUCCAUAACAACCAUCAAAUGAGGAUGACAAGUACUAUAUGUUGUAUGACUGUAUUUAUGUUUUACAUAUUUUGGGUAACAAAAAGCAUACACACUUUUUAUAAUUCCUUAUGUCCACAUUUAACAUUUCUUCUGCAUUAUACUAUUCUGUUUUUUAAAUAGUUUAUGAAAUUGCUGCUUAUAGUGCAUCCUAUUCUUUUCUAAUUUUUUAUAAUAAAAAAGCUGUGAGAGGAAA